AUGCAGAGCGAAGAAUCGACGCCACCCACCGCGGCGGAGCGUCUCCGUGCGGCGCGGCGGCGGGAGGCGGCGGUUCUCUACGGGCUGUCGUUUGACCGCCGCCGCCGCGGCUUUGUUCAAGGCCCGCCGCCACCGCGAAGCGCGCCGGACGCCGCAUGCACGCUUGGCCGUGGCGGGCAGGUGUACGAGGGCGAUGUUCCGCUGGUGCAGCGGCUCAUUCAAGGCGAGUUUCAGGAGCCGCACGACGCGGAGGCGCGACACCGCAGAAGCAGCAGCAGCAACAACGACAACAACAACAACAACAACACCGGUGUUGUUGCCCACAGCAAUCCGCCAGGCGGUGGCGCGGCAGCCGAAAGCACCGUGACUGACGUCUCGACCACGCCUGUCACUUACUACGCCAGGCCGCUGAAGAUCCUCAGCGCCAAGUGGAGCGGCGGCGACACCCCGCGGCGACCUGGAUGGUGCACGCACAGUGCAGCUGCGCACACAAGAACCGCAAAACCAGCCGUGAGCAGCAGCAGCAACGCCGCGACGCGAACAGCGCCCCCACGGCUCCGCCUGUCUUCCGCAGCGACGGCGGGGUCCAGCAUCGGCGGGUCCAAGGUUUUGAGCCGGGCCACGGGUCAGCCGACGACCACGACGCGGGACCGACCCCACUCGUCCUCCUCAUCGGUCAUGACGCGCAAUACAACAAUCUCGACAACCGCGACCGUGACGACGAUGGCGCCCCGCGCACGAACGGCAAACGGCAGCAAAACAGCUGUGGGAGGCCCGCAGCUUCAGGGAACAGCUCCCGCGCGCCCAUCAAAGGCGAAGGUGCAUCCUGGCGACGGUGCUUUGGUUCUGUCUAAGGAAGAGUAUCAGCGCCUCCGCCAGCUUGUUGCAUCGGUAUGA